CAUAUAUAAGCAGUAAUAUGAGCCUGAACUUUGGUCUAUACAAAGGACAGCAAAAACGCUGAAAUGAAAAUGCUACAAUAUGGUUUUGUUGGAGACAAAGAGACGGCUUCUUGUGGUGUUGGUGGUGGUGGUGGAGGAGGGACGGUGGUUGUUGGGGUAAAGUUUGAUUCGCCAAGUAGAGAGCUUUUGACUUGGGCUUUGGUUAAGGUGGCUCAGCCUGGUGACUGUGUGAUUGCUCUUCAUGUUCUUGGUAACAAUGAAAUUGUGGAUCGAGAUGGAAAAUCUUCACUUUUAUCGCUUGUCAAAGCGUUCGACUCUAUUCUUGCCGUUUAUGAAGGCUUCUGCAAUUUGAAACAGGUGGAUCUCAAACUUAAGAUAUGCAGAGGUACUUCAAUUUCAAAAAAUUUAGUGAGGGAAGCACAAUCUUAUUCUGCAACAAAGCUUAUAGUUGGUACUGCAGCCAAAAUCCAUAAAAUCCGUUCAUCGACAUCGGUAGCUAAGUACUGUGCUAAGAAAAUAACCAAGAACUGUUCUGUUCUUGCUGUUAAUAAUGGCAAAGUUGUAUUCCACAAAGAGGGCUCUCCAGGGACCACCUUUGGUUCUCAAGGAAAUGAAGAUCAGAAACGAAGUAGCUUGCUUAAUGUGCUUCACCGAACAAUAACAUUGAAAAAGAAUUCGAAAGUACUAAGUGAAGGGAUUGCCAAUGCCGUGACCAAAAUGAAUUCAGAUGAAUCCAAGGACAAGAGGUUCCACCAGGCCUUAUUGAAAGCCGGUUCAGGUAAUGUCGAGAGUGACAGAAAGCAAAAUUGCCUCGUUUGUGAAUCUGGAAAUAAGUUUUUGCUGCGUAAUUCUUGCUGCCUAUCUGCAAAUGAGUCAAGUUGUGGUGAUGAUGCUAAUGAUGGAGAGAAAUCCUUGGCUAUAGUGCCAGUGCAAAAGACUGAAGCUGCAUCAUGUUCGAUUUCCAUGUUGAUCAAUCAAUUGCCUGAAAUUAGACCCGGUUGGCCUUUGCUUCGCCGUGCGGUUUUAUCAGAUGGACAACAACAAGUUCCUGACCGGUCUUCCUUGAGGCAGAUAUCUGUGGUUCAGUGGUUGAUGCGGUUGCCCUCUAGGCGUACUCUUUCAAUAACCAAUUCAUAUCAGAAACAAGAAGGGCGUGAUCAAAUUGAAUUUAAGUCCUCUAAUUUUGAUGGCGAAAGCGGUGCAAUUGUUCCAGUUGGUAUAGAGAAUGCCGUUGCUCCACUUUCUCCUGACGACAACUCAAUAAAGCUGCCAAAAGAAUUGGAGGGUCUUCAUGAGAAAUACUCUGCCACUUGCAGAUUAUUCAAGUACAAAGAACUUGUUUCAGCAACAUCAAAUUUCUUGGAUGAUAAUUUGAUUGGGAAAGGAGGCAGUAGUCAGGUUUUUAAGGGUUGCCUUCGAGACGACAAGGAACUCGCGGUGAAAAUCCUAAAGCCUUCUGAAGAAGUAUUGAAGGAGUUUGUUCUAGAAAUUGAGAUUAUUACUACAUUGCAUCAUAAGAACAUUAUUUCCCUCUUGGGAUUCUGCUACGAGGAUAACAAUCUUCUCUUGGUUUAUGAUUUCUUAUCAAGAGGAAGCCUUGAAGAAAACCUUCAUGGUAAUAAGAAGGAUCCUAAUGCAUUUGGUUGGAAUGAAAGAUACAAAGUUGCAACUGGGGUGGCAGAAGCCUUAGAUUAUCUACAUACUAACAGUGACCACCCUGUGAUCCACAGGGAUAUUAAAUCUUCAAACAUAUUGCUUUCUGAUGAUUUUGAGCCUCAGCUCUCAGAUUUUGGACUUGCUAAAUGGGCAUCAACGACUUCUUCGUAUAUAACCUGCACUGAUGUUGCAGGGACCUUUGGCUAUUUGGCUCCUGAGUACUUCAUGUAUGGUAAAGUAAACGACAAAAUCGAUGUUUAUGCAUUUGGGAUUGUGCUGCUUGAGCUGCUUUCUGGAAGAAAACCAAUAAGCAGUGACUGUCCAAAAGGCCAAGAGAGUUUGGUCAUGUGGGCGAAGCCAAUACUAAGGGGUGGGAAGUUUUCCCAAAUUUUAGACCCAAGCUUGGCUGGUGGGUAUGACAGUGACCAGAUGGAGAGGAUGGUUCUUGCUGCCACACUUUGUAUUAGGUGUACCCCUCGGGCUAGACCUCAAAUGAGCAUUGUUGUGAAGCUGCUACAAGGUGAUGCUGAUGUGACCAAGUGGGCAAGACUACAAGUGAAUGCCUCCGAAGGAUAUGAUACAUUGGAUGAUGAAGGUUGUCCUCAGUCAAACCUUCAAUCUCAUCUUAAUCUAGCAUUGCUCGAUGUUGAGGAAGACUCCGUCUCCAUGAGCAGCUUCGAGCAAUCCAUGUCUUUAGAGGAGUACCUCAAGGGUCGAUGGAGCCUUUCAUCAAGCUUCGAUUAACUUCAUUACUACUGCCACAGCUAAGUUGCACAAUAAACUUUCUUCACAACUCCUUGUAUAUUCUUUUGGUCACUGCUUACAGACACAGUAGGUGUUGGAUGAGAGGUUGUUUGUAUGGUGUGCCCUCCUCCUUCCCUCUCACUAUUAGUUGUCGGUGGGUAAUUGAAGAUUGGCUCAUCAUUUUCCUCACCUUGUGGUGGAAACUUUUAUUUCUUUCACAAAAAUAUCCUCUAUGCAAUCAAAAGUUGUCAAGUUUGUUGUACAAUAAUAAAUAAUAAUACUUGAGAAAAAAGAAAGUGA